AUGUCCAAAACAAUGAAAGCCCUCCAAAUCACCCGGUCAGCCUCAUCAUCAACCGUAUCAUUGAACACACUCCCAAUCCCAACCCUCAAACCAGGCCACGCAUUAGUCAAAAUAAACUACACAUGCAUCCACCCUUCCGACCGCUUAAAUGUACAAGGACUCUUCCCAUCGAUCACCUACCCACGCAUCCCAGGCCGAGACUUCUCCGGCACAGUGAUAGACAUAUCCGAAUCCGACAGGCUCAGCAAGUCCGAAUCCUGGAUCGGAAAACAAGUCUACGGCACUAGCGGCUCAAGUCUCGGCUUCACAAUUGAUGGUCCUCACGCGCAAUACUGCCUAAUACCACACGAAGCCCUGGUCGAGAAACCAUCUUCUCUUUCUGCAUUGCAAGCUGCGACAGUUGGUGUACCGUUUACCACUGCACUGGUUUGCCUUCAAAGGGCUCAAGUUAAGCGAGAUGAUACUGUUCUUGUCCUUGGUGCCACGGGUGCUGUGGGGUCGACUGCUGUGCAGAUUGCUCGGGCUAUGGGGUGUAAGCGGGUAUUGACUGCUGCGCGGAGGGCAGAAGCUAGCCCUGAUAUCUUGUUAUCUAGGGAGAGCUCAGCUGCAGUUCUUACUUCGCGCGUUACUGAGUUGACUGGUGGGGAAGGUGUCGAUGUUGUCGUUGAUACAGUAGGGGAUAUUGCUUUGAUGGGUGCUGCUGUUGAGUCGUUGGCGCGGAAGGGACGUUAUGCAUGGAUUGCAGCGCCUAGGGGAGAUGCCAGCAAAACGAUGUCAUUUGAUAUCUUCCAGGCGUAUCGAAAGGAGAUUUCGCUUGUUGGGUGUAACUCUGUUAGUCCAAGUAUUAUAGAUUCAGCGGAGUUGUUGCGGUCUCUCAAUGGGUGGAUUGAGCAAGGGUUUUUGCGUGCACAGGAUGAAGGGUUUUUUAGGAAAGUGAAUAUCGAGGAUUCGGUGAACAUGGGGUAUGGAAGGGCUGGGGAACAAGUUGUAAUUGAAAUGGAAUGA